AUGGUGAAAAAAAGUUUCGAUGUUAGUGUGGUGAUGAAAGAAAAUGUUGAAUUGGAGAAUGCUUUUGAUGAUACCGGUCAUGGACGCUACAAUCAUAUACUGCUGGUUACUUCCUGCAUGAUCACGAUUGGCGCCGUGAUGGAUAUGUUAGGCUACAGUUUAGUAAUACCUGCUGCUAGUUGUGACCUAAACUUGACAUUGGAGCAAGGCGGAAUAUUGAAAUCCAUCAGUUUUGCCGGUUACGUGUUUGCUAUCCCUUGGGGUUACAUCGCAGAUACUAAAGGCAGAAGAAUAACUAUCCUAGUAUCUUGCACGGCUGGGUUUGUUUUUUCUGCCUUGGCCAGCUUCUCAACCACUUUUACUAUGAUGCUGGUUCUUAAAUUCCUGGCCAGUUGUUUCUCAACAGCUUCUCUAACAUUGAUCACCACCUAUCUUGGAGAGAGUACAUGUAAAAACAAACGGAACAAAUACAUCUUCAUACAAAACAUCUCAAGUACAGGGUCAGAUUUUGUUUGUUUCGUUUUGGGAUAUCUGAUAUUACCUUUGGACUUCGCGAUUUCUGUUCCAUAUUUAAAUUGGUAUAAAUCAUGGCGUCUAUUCAGUUUUGUUAUGUCUUUGCCUCUUGGAUUGGGGGCGGUGAUGUUGUAUUUCUUAAGGGAAACCCCAAAGUUUUUGGUUUAUAGAGGAGAUUUUGAUCAAGCUAUAGAUGUUUUAAGAGCCAUGUUCAAAACUAAUUAUGGGAAAGACAAAGUGUACCCGGUAAUCUCACUAAUGAAACCAUAUAAAUUACUAGAAUCUUCAUCUUUUUGGGAUUCCGUGACCAGACAAGUAACACCGAUAUUUAAACCACCCUUACUUUGGAGAUCACUACAGCUGUUUUUACUUCUUUCCAUAUGUUGCAGUACCAACAACGUGUUCUUUAUGUGGUUCCCAACAAUGGUGAACUCAUUCUUCACAGCGUCGGACGAAGAUUCCAACUUUUGCCAGAAAGUUGUCGCUAACAUCACACCGAUCAAAUAUAAUGAUGUUUGUAUAGAGAACAGCUCGAUGAACACAAUAUACGCCGGGAUGCUCCUUACUUUACUAUCGACAUCUUUAAACAUCGCUGUUAUUGCCUUUGCCAACUGGAGACGAACUUUGAUUUUUACUUUCGUCUUCGUAUCUGGUGUUUGCUGCAUCACUGUCAAUAUGUUUUCCGAUCGCAUUAUUAGUAUGGUACUUUUCUGCACUAUACAAUUCACUUUGCUGUCUCUUGGUAGCAUCUAUUCAUACUAUGUUGACAUCUUUCCGACUUCUUGCAGAGGUCUUGCAACUAGUACAGGUGUGAUGAUUGCCCGAAUGUUCUGCCUCAGCGGUGUAUCUAUAGUGGGAUCUACAAUCGUCGACAAUUGCGAGCUUACAUUCUACUGUUGGGCUGUAUUCCUCUUUAGUGGGAUUAUAGCUGCUGUAUUUCUUCCAAGAGAAGCAACCAAACAGGAUAUUUGUAAAACUUAA